GACGUCAGUCGACUUUGAAUAAAGAAUACUGCAGAAACGUUUGAUAAUUAAGAUAAAGACUUGAGCAAGGAAGUUUAAAAUAUAGUUAUAGUAUAUCGCCCAAUAUGACGAUACUAAGACUGAACAAGGAAUUUUUGGACAUUUCCCAAAAUCCUCCAACAGGCAUUUCUGCACGUCCAAUUAACGAUGAGAUGUUAAAUUGGCAGGGCAUGAUAACAGGACCAGAGAGAAGUCCAUACGCUGGAGGGGUAUUUUCUGUAGGAAUACAGUGUCCAAGUGAUUAUCCUUUAAAACCUCCGAGGGUACAUUUUACUACAAAAAUAUACCAUCCAAAUAUUAAUGAAAAAGGGGAAAUCUGUGUAAAGCAUCUGAGCAUGCAUUCAUCAUGGUGGGCAAAGUGUACUAUAUCAGAAUUAUUAGUGAAUGUAGCAGAGUUGUUAGCUUCUCCAGAUCCUGGGUGUCUAUUUAACGAGGAAGCUGCAGAUUUAUAUAAAUUAGAUAGAAGAAAAUACAAUAAAAUAGCGGCAGAAUGUACACGAAAAGCUGCCAUGUGACAUGGUCAACACAUAUGUUAUAUAAAUCGUUUUCCUUUAAUUUUGUAUAACGAAACAUGGACAUACCUUACUGUUCGUUUUAGGACUUUUUACACUUUAUGAAAUUUCAGUAUCACCAGCGGAAAAUAUGUUUUUUGUAAAAUGUUUAAUAAGUAUAUGUACUUGUUUAUUGUGAUGAAAAGUUUAUCUUAUUCUUUAUUCUUGUUUGUCGACGGACUUAAGUAACUUUUAUUUUCUCUCGCCUUCAAUCAAUAGUGUGGAUAUUGUUUAAGAGUUAUCAUAGUUGGAAGUAAUUGUAAAAUGUUACAUUAUAAUGUUGAAAUAUAUUGCUAACAACUU